AUGUUUUCAAGAAGCAUACUACUCCAAGCCGCGGCUCUUUUGCCCUUACUCUACACACCCGCCUCUGCACAAAAUGCAUGCAACAACUCGCCCGAUCUAUGCACACGGCCGUACAACAACAUCACCUACCUAGGCGCACACAACUCGCCCUUCCUCCGCAACAAAGAGACAUCCUUCUCCACAUCCGGAAACCACUACUACAACACAACAAUACAACUCGAUGCCGGCGUGCGCCUCCUCACCGGCCAAGUCCACAAAUCCAACGACAGUGGCAACGCAGCCUGGCACCUGUGCCACAGCAGCUGCGACCUGCUCGACGCCGGCACAUUAGAAAGCUGGCUCGGCGAGAUAAAAACCUGGAUGGACGCCAACACAAACGACGUUGUAACACUCAUCCUCGUAAACUCAGACAACGCCUCCCCCGCCGACCUCGGCGGCGUCUUCUCCUCCUCGGGCCUCGACAAGCUCGCCUACAGCCCGCCAGACCAAAGUACCGUGCCGCAAAUAUGGCCUACGCUCGACACGCUCAUCGGCAACAACACGCGCCUGAUGUCCUUCGUCGCCAGCCUGGAUGAGCCCUCAGCGGAGUUCCCAUACCUAAUGGACCAAUUCACCUACGUAUUUGAGAACGACUUUGAGAACGUUUCACCCUCGAACUACUCCUGCAACCCGUCUCGCCCGUCUGCCGUCGCGGGAAACCCGUCCACGGCCCUCGAAUCCGGUCGCAUGUUCCUGCAGAACCACUUCUUGUACGAGACGCAACUGUUCGGCAUUCAGUCGCCCAACGAGACGUAUGCGAAUGUAACGAAUGCCGAGACGGGCUUUGGUAGCUUGGGUGAGGCUGUGCAGGAGUGUACGACUGUUUACGGAAAGCCAGCCAGCUUUGUCAUGGUCGAUUUCUUCAACGUGGGACCUGCGAUCGCGAGCGUGGAUCGUGCGAAUGGAGUUAGCGGUGCGCAAGGAAGGAAGCAACUGAGCACAGAGCCGCUGGUGCAGAGCACUGGUGCUGGUGUGAAGGAGAGUGGAAGUCUACUGGCUGUCGUCUUGGCAUUCGGUGUUGCUGUCCUGUUCGGAGCGUGA